AAGCCCUAACUCCUUUUAGAGAGACUUAGAAGGCAUAUAAAGGCCCCCUGGUUGAGGACUUGCUUCCUCAUUCUGCACUUCGUGCCAGAACUCUCAAUCCUUCACUGAGAGAAAAUGUCCAUCCAAGUUGAACAUCCUGCUGGUGGUUACAAGAAACUGUUUGAAACUGUGGAGGAACUGUCCUCACCACUCACAGCUCAUGUUACAGGCAGGAUCCCCCUCUGGCUCACUGGCAGUCUCCUUCGAUGUGGGCCAGGACUCUUUGAAGUUGGAUCUGAACCAUUUUACCACCUGUUUGAUGGGCAAGCCCUCCUGCACAAGUUUGACUUUAAAGAAGGACAUGUCACAUAUCAUAGAAGGUUCAUCCGCACUGAUGCUUACGUUCGGGCAAUGACUGAGAAAAGGAUCGUCAUAACGGAAUUUGGCACUUGUGCUUUCCCAGAUCCCUGCAAGAAUAUAUUUUCCAGGUUUUUUUCUUACUUUCGAGGGGUGGAGGUCACUGACAAUGCCCUUGUUAACAUCUACCCAGUAGGGGAAGAUUACUAUGCCUGCACAGAGACCAACUUCAUUACAAAGAUUAAUCCUGAGACUUUGGAGACAAUUAAACAGGUUGAUCUUUGCAACUAUGUCUCUGUCAAUGGAGCCACUGCUCACCCCCAUAUUGAAAGUGAUGGAACUGUGUACAACAUUGGUAAUUGCUUUGGGAAAAAUUUUUCAAUUGCCUACAAUAUUGUAAAGAUCCCUCCACUACAAGCAGACAAGGAAGAUCCAAUAAGCAAGUCAGAGGUCGUUGUACAAUUCCCCUGCAGUGACCGAUUCAAGCCAUCUUACGUCCAUAGUUUUGGUUUGACUCCCAACUAUAUUGUUUUUGUGGAGACGCCAGUCAAAAUUAACCUGUUCAAGUUCCUUUCUUCAUGGAGUCUUUGGGGAGCCAACUACAUGGAUUGUUUUGAGUCCAAUGAAACCAUGGGGGUUUGGCUUCAUAUUGCUGACAAGAAGAGAAGAAAGUAUCUCAAUAAUAAAUACAGGACCUCUUCUUUUAAUCUUUUCCAUCACAUCAAUACUUACGAAGACAGUGAGUUUCUGAUUGUGGAUCUCUGUUGCUGGAAAGGAUUUGAAUUUGUUUAUAAUUACCUAUAUUUAGCCAAUUUACGUGAGAACUGGGAAGAAGUGAAAAAAAAUGCCAGAAAGGCUCCCCAGCCUGAAGUCAGGAGAUACGUACUUCCUCUGAAUAUUGACAAGGCUGACACAGGCAAGAAUUUAGUCACACUCCCCAACACAACUGCCACUGCAAUUCUGUGCAGUGACGAGACUAUCUGGCUGGAACCUGAGGUUCUCUUUUCAGGGCCUCGCCAAGCAUUUGAGUUUCCUCAAAUCAAUUACCAGAAGUACGGUGGGAAACCUUACACAUACGCAUAUGGACUUGGCCUGAAUCACUUUGUUCCAGACAGGCUCUGUAAGCUGAAUGUUAAAACUAAAGAAACUUGGGUAUGGCAAGAGCCUGAUUCAUACCCCUCAGAACCCAUCUUUGUUUCUCACCCAGAUGCCUUGGAGGAAGAUGAUGGUGUAGUUCUGAGUGUGGUGGUGAGCCCUGGGGCAGGACAAAAGCCCGCUUAUCUUCUGAUUCUGAAUGCCAAGGACUUGAGUGAAGUUGCCAGGGCUGAAGUGGAGAUUAACAUCCCUGUUACCUUUCAUGGGCUGUUCAAAAAAUCCUGAGCACAUUCCAGCAAAUUAUAUUUCUAUUGACAGAACUAAGAGAAACAGUCAGGUCUCCAAUCAAAUUCUGUUCAAUUUUAGCCUGCUGUAUUAUAUGGUUUUAACUUGCAGAUGCACACAAUUUUUGCAAUAUUUUACAGAAAGCACAAAGUUGAGCAAGCAAUCCCUUUACAAAAAAAAAAAAAAAAAAAAAAAAAGUACGUAUUUAGAUAAUCAUGCUUUCUCUGAGACAGACAGACCAUAAGUAAAAACUCUAUAUAGUUAGUAAUCAAAUAGAAAAUGAAUGUGGAUUUAUCAAACUUUUUGGUUCCUAUUAUAAAAGUGUAUUUUAGGUACCCAUCUGCUCCAAGCAUUUUUUAACAUUUAAAAGCCAAAGUUCUCUAUACCAGAUUUGUAUGUGGCUUUGCUGAGUCAAAGCAGUAUCAAGCAAAAAGGCUUAAUUCCUAAAUAUCAGACCAAACUUUUUCACAAACCAGGAACUAUCAUCUAAGGGUAACCCUAGUAAUUGUGUAUAUAUACACGCAUACAUACAUACAUGUAUGUAUGUGUGUGUGUGUGUAUAACUGCUCUGAGAUUCUCAAGCUUUAUGAAAGGCAUUUAAUAUAGGUAAUUACUGAUUAUUUCUGAUUUUACAAUGAGAAAGCCUAUCUCUAACCGACUGAGGGCUCUAACCGAAGAACAUCGCAAAGACUAAGUUAUUAAAAACUUACAUAACAUCAAAGCAAUUACAUAUAGCAGUGACUAUAACUUUUUGAAAUACUCACAAAUAUAAUUUCUACUUGAAAUAAGAGUAUAGGAUAAUGUCAGGGGGUUAUAUUAUGUUGCCUCUUAUGUUAAUCAUAUUUAAGCACUGUGCAAUCACCUGACCUAAGUGAAAGACAGAGAGAAAAAGAGAAAAUAUUAAAUCAUUAACAUUCAAUAUUAAUACAUUUUAAGUACUUUUAUUUUUAAAAUUACUCUAUGUGCUACAUGAUGUAAAAAAAUGAAGAUUGACAAAAAAUUAUAUUGUAUAUCUUAAUCCUGGUAUUUUAUGCUAAGAAGUAUUAUAUAUCAUUGUAUUUAAGAUAAUCAUCAUUGUGUUUGACUAAGUAAAAAUAGCUUGAAGGAACA